UCUAAUAGGCCACUUACUAGCAUAAUGUAUUUCCAAAAUUUAGGGCAAAAAAGUCAAAACAAAAAACCUACACAAUGUACACAAGACUUCAUACCCACCACCAAAGGCUUAUCUGUGGACACUCCAGGACAGUAGGUGGCGGUAGAGCGGCGCCAUUUUGCCCGGGAACCGUCGAAGAAGAAGAAAGGAAGAAGGACAAACUGAGUUGACUGAAGUGGAGAGAAGUCGCAGACUCACUCACAGGGACAAGAUGACGACACCAGCCGAGUCGAUCAUCCACAGUGGAUAUUUCCACCCGACCCUCCGAUCCUGGCAGACCUGCGCUGCAGAUUUAAGACCCGACAAUCUCAUCUACCCAAUCUUCGUCACAGACAGUGCGGAUGCAGUGGAGCCCAUCGGCAGCCUGCCAGGACAGGCCAGAUAUGGGGUGAACAAGCUGGAGGGAAUGUUGCGCCCGCUCGUGGAGAACGGCUUGAAAUGUGUGCUGGUUUUUGGCGUUCCAGCAAAAAUAGAAAAGGACGACAGAGGUUCAGGUGCAGACACGGACGAUACGCCGGCCGUGCUGGCGGUGAAGAAAAUCCGCUCUCUGUUCCCGGAGCUGCUGGUGGCGUGCGACGUCUGCCUGUGUCCCUACACGUCACACGGACACUGCGGCAUCCUGAAUGACGACGGUACUCUGAACAAUGACGCCAGCUGCCUGCGCUUGGCAGAAGUGGCGCUGGCUUAUGCCCGGGCUGGCUGCCACAUCAUCGCUCCCUCUGACAUGAUGGACGGACGAGUCCGAGCUAUAAAACAAGCACUGAUCUCUGGUGGUUUGGGAAACAAAGUGUCAGUGCUGAGCUACAGUGCAAAGUUUGCCUCAUGCUACUACGGUCCUUUCAGAGACGCUGCUCAGUCCAAACCUGCGUUCGGGGACAGACGCUGCUACCAGCUCCCGGCCGGAGCGAGAGGCCUCGCCAUCCGAGCUGUGGAGCGAGACGUGAGAGAAGGAGCCGACAUGCUGAUGGUGAAACCGGGUCUGCCGUAUCUGGACAUCGUGAGAGAAGUCAAGGACAAGUUUCCCAAUCACCCAUUGGCGGUGUACAACGUGUCAGGGGAGUUCGCUAUGAUUUGGCACGGAGCGCAGGCCGGAGCGUUCGACCUACGGGCUGCUGUGAUGGAGGCCAUGACUGGCUUCCGAAGGGCAGGUGCUGACAUCAUCAUCACCUACUACACACCUCAGCUGCUCACCUGGCUGAAGGAGUAAAAGAACAAAGGUCCGGAGCCAAAACGACGAACGGACCAACAGGCAGAUUAAUUUAUAAACUAUACUAAACACAGUCGUGCUAACAAAGAACGCUAAGGGUAAACAAGCGACCUGGUUCAAUUUCAAGCCUCAAUUUUUUCUUAUUCAGUUUUGUUUUUAAAUAUCACGUCACGAACUGCACAUGUUUGUAUUUGUAUUGGUUGAUAUGGUACCGUGAUCAUUUUCUAAAGGGAGUCUGGUCACCGAUUACAGAAGCUGUAUUUUCUUUAUAAUAUUCUACAGGGCUAUUCGUCGAGAAUGUAAAAACAUGAUAAUCUUUUGAGCAGUUAAAAUGUCUCCCGUGUGUCGUUGGGAUCAGCGUUAAAUGAGGUCGUAAUUAUGUAAAGUCACUUCAGCGUGAAUCUGACGUGUACAGUAUGUGACUUGAAGCACUAUCGUCUCUCAAACAAGCUCUCAUUGACUGAAGGAAAUAAACAUUCAUUCAGAACUAAA